GUUCCUGGUGCUCCAGCUGUCUCACCUGUCUUAUCUGUGCGAGUCUGGGUUUGAACAGGGUCCGUAUCUGUACAUUCUAGCCAUCUAACGGGACAUAAUUUAAGCUUUUGAAGGCUGGCAAUUUCCUCCACCAUCUAAUACUACAUUAGAAACAUACCAGAUCGUUCAGGCACCAACAAUGAAGAAAACGAAGAAAACGUUUGCAUUCGGUCUUCUCUUGGCUCUUACAGUGACCCAAGGAGCGGGCUUCGGCAUCAUGGGCGGCAUCAUGGCCAACCCAGCCACGAUGCUGAGCGCGGCUCGCUACAUGACCCAGAUCGUGAUGCGCAACAUGGCGCAGAAGCGUACCAGCAGCGCAUCGUGCGUCGAUCACGUGUCGCGCUCGGCCGUCACCUUCUUCAACGAGGCGUCCGUGUCGCUGCAGCUGGGCAGGCUGCUGCAGAUGACCAUGCGUCGCUCGAUGGGGUCCGGCCCGGCCGUCGUCCCGCUGGUCAGGUUCUGUCAGCUGGCGAACGUGCGCCGCCUGCACGCCGCCAGCGUUACGUUCGUCUCGCGCAUGACCUGCCUGGGCCUAGGCGCCGUGGACGACACGGACCGCCUGUUCCGCUCGCUGGUCUUCACCAUCGAGCACGUCUGCAGGGACGGCGGCCACGCCACCACCCAGUUCAUGACUGAAGCCAGCGGGUGCAGGGUGCUAGACGACGCGCACGAGGAGCAGAUCGGCCGCGUGCAGCGCAUCCGCCGAGACCGGCGCAGCGUGACGGCACGCACCCCGCUGGUGCUGUCCACCACCGAGGGGAACAGCACGCGGCUGCCGCACGCCCCGACGGCCAGCGAGCAGGCGCCGCAGCCGCCGACGGAGCGGUCGCUGCACACGACCACCGCGCCCGCACUGCACACAACCACCGCCCCCACGCUGCACACGGCCUCCGCGCCCGCGCUGCACACGACCACCGCGCCCGCACUGCACACGACCGCCGCGCCCGCGCUGCACACGACCGCCGCGCCCGCGCUGCUGCACUACCCCAGCCUGCAGGCGUGCCUGGACGACGUCAACGCCCUGCUGCCGCAAGGGGCCCGUCUCUCCCCACAGGAGGAGAUGACCGACUUUCUGCUGACGCUGCCGGCGCUGCUGCCGCGCCUGCUGCAGCGGGACGGGCUGGCACAGUUCUGCCCGGCCCUGCUGAAGGGCGGCGACUGCGCUCACCUGGCGCUCAGCCGGUGCCCGUCCGGCACGCGCGACACUAUGGCCAGGUUCUUCCGGAACGUGCUACGGGGCAUCCUGUGCGACGGCAUUCCCGACGACGAGGUGCUCAAGCAGCUGGUCUGGAGUCCCGAGGUCGAGAAGCUGUAUUUCGGCCUGUAGAGUCGCGACGGAGCAGACGCCAGUUGGGUGCCGGGGAUUAGCUGACCGCACGGGUCUGGCUUUUGAUCCCGUUGGGUCCCAGUUCCGAUGGAUGUUGCGGGGGACUGAAUGCUACAUGUCGUUCGAUUCCACUGCACCAUUCCAGUGUUCCCUUGAGGUUAUCACGCUGGUCAGAUCUAUCAGGCCGGCCAGUUACUGAGGACAGCGGCGUACUUUGAUCAGGGAGGCACGUGAGGUUACGUGAGAUUCUUCAUUAUAGCAGUGCUCCGAGUCGUUACUCAUGCUUGCAAUAUUAUUCAUACCAACACCAAAUCGAUUUUAUGCUUGAGAACUAGGUAUACGGGAUACUUCAAACAGCUGUCUAGUUUCCCGUGAACCAUCGUGGAACACUUUCUGACACACAACGCCCUUAAUCUAAUGUACGGACUGGCAUACUGGUACUGCGCACGUAAAGGAUGGAAAACAAUCUCGUUUCUGAAAAAAAGAUCAUAGCGAUAUUUCUCAAAUUCCCGACUUAGAGUAAUGCAUACUAAUAAACAUAUUCAAACAAUG